AUGGGGCUGUGCAAGAUUUCUUUAUCCCUCAUUUACAUUUUAGGCUCAGCCCUAAUCCAAUCGACUCAUGCCCAAGACACACCCCAAGACUUCCUCAAUUCCCACAAUUCCGCCUGCGCAACGGUAGGCGUCGGUCCCUUGAUGUGGGAGGACAAUAUAGCACGUUUUGCACAAAACCACGCUAACCAACGUAUUGGCGACUGCAAUCUCACACAUUCCAAUGGGCUAUACGGUGAAAACCUUUCCACCAUAAGCACGGCUGACUUACCGAGAGUGAAGGCUGUGGACAGGUGGGAGGCAGAGAAGGUUGACUACAAUUAUGAGUCGAAUUCGUGUGCUGAUGGCAAGAUGUGUGGGCAUUAUAGGCAGGUGGUUUGGAAUAUGAUAGUUCGCCUAGGGUGCGCAAAAGUGAGGUGCAGUAGUGGGGGUACCUUUAUUGGGUGCAACUAUGAUCCCCCAGGCAACUAUCAAGAUGAGAAACCUUAA